AUGGAGCCCUAUGAAGCCCUGCUGGACCACAGUCAGUCCCUGAUAAGUGGGCUGGACAGAUCAACUGCUGGAUGGAAUAAACCCAGUCACUCCAGGAGCAGCAGCACUGCAUCAUCCCGUCACUCUCGACAGAACAUGAAGGAAUGGGAUAUUAUGGAGGAUCUGCAGACAGAUUUGGGUGCCAGUGAAGACACCAUGCAGGACAUGGGUCAUCCAGGCAUCUGUGAAGGCUACCUGAUGAAGAGAAGAAAACGGCCCCUUAAAGGUUGGCACAAGAGAUACUUUGUGUUGGAAAAAGGAAUUCUCAGAUAUUCAAAAAAUCAACAUGAUAUCUUUAAAGGGAAAGUAAGUGGCUCAAUGGAUGUCAGUCUUGCAGUGAUGUCUGUAAACAGAAAGUCAAGGCGUAUUGAUCUGGAUACUGGAGACACCCUCUAUCACAUCAAGGCAAAGAACCAUGACUUGUACUACAUAUGGGUGACCAAACUGAGUGCUUACAGGAUGUAUAAGAGGAAUGAAGCAGUACAUAUCCACAAUGGCUUCUUGCAGGCCUUGUCUCAUAGCAGCAACACAGUACAGAGGAAUGAUGCUGUGCAAGAUGUGUUCCAGGGCAUGUCUGGCUCAUACCUGGGUGAUAUAGCAGCUCAGAGUGAUGAUCAGCACUCUGCAGAUUCUGUUGUCAAUGGCAAAGUGUGUGCCUGGCUGCAGCAGUCUAACAACCCAGAGAACUGCACACAAGAAUUAAAUCGGUGUCAAAUAGAAUUAAAUGAUCUGAAUCGGCUGGUGCAGAAGUUGAAUUCUCUUGAGUCAGGAAGGACUGCUGGAAAUGGAGAGCUUCAUAGGAUCAUCAGCAUGCAGAACCUUUCACUUGAGAAGCCCAAAAAGAAACUUGGCAGGUUAUGGGGUCACUCUCACACACUUUCUCGGGUUGAGACUCUCGGAAUGCCACUGCGUAGGAUUACUAAAUCGUUAUCAUCAAGCCAGCUGAGUAGUUCAUCCCACCUGGGUGCCUCUGUUUCCUCCAUUCCUGAUUAUGUCUGCAACCAACUGACUCCCACAGUCUUCGGCUCUCCCGAUCGCCGAAAGCUUCACCAGGACAUCUGUACUAUGUCCCAAAGAGUUCAUGCCUCUCUCAGAACUGUGCAUGAGUCUCUGGUUCAGGAGCUCCAGCAGCAACAGCAGGCCUGGUCCAGCAGCAGGCUCCGCCAAAACACAGCUGCCCAGAUUAACAACACAUCUACCACCCUGACUGAGUCUGAAUCAGGACAAAGUUCCUCAGUGGCAGAGUCAGAGACUGAGUAUUUUGAUGCAUGUGAUGACAUUUGUAAAGGUUUCUCUAAAGUAUCAGAUGAAUCAAGUCUGAGUGAUGCUUCCAGUAAUUCAGAGCCUGAGGAGGGCCAUGCAACAGCAACAUGGAAGUACCGUGCCAGCCUUUCCAAAGCGUCAGCAAAACCCAGUCGUAUUCUGCAGAGCCGUGGCCGCCGCACUACAUUGCCUGCAGUAUGCCCCGAUAACAGCCACGUAGGCCUCAUGACUAUCCUUUACAACAACAUUGGGAAAGACCUGUCACAUGUCUCCAUGCCAAUAGCCUUGAAUGAACCAGUCAGUCUGCUCCAGAGACUUUGUGAGGAGCUGGAGUACUCAGAGCUACUGGAUACAGCAAGUCGCACUGAUGACCCUUAUCAGAGGAUGGUUUACAUUGCUGCUUUUGCAAUCUCUGGCUAUUCUACAGCUACAUACCGUAACCGAUAUAAACCAUUUAACCCUGUGCUGGGAGAGACAUUUGAAUGUAUAAGGGAGGACAGAGGUUUCCGCUUCAUUAGUGAACAGGUUUCUCACCAUCCACCCAUCUCCGCUUGCCAUGCUGUCUCUGACAACUUCAGCUUUUGGCAGGACCAGAGAUGGAAAAAUAAAUUCUGGGGAAAGUCUUUGGAGAUAGUUCCUGCUGGAAUGGUAAAUGUGACUCUACCAAGAUAUGGAGACCACUAUGAGUGGAACAAAGUGGUGACGUGCAUCCACAAUGUUCUCAGUCAGCACCGCUACCUGGAGCACUACGACGAGGCCACAAUCCGCAACCUAAACAGUUCUGUCUGCACCUGUAAAAUCACGUUUGUCAAGUCUUGUUAUUGGGGGUCAGAUGCAAAUAAAAAUGAGGUUCAAGGACAAGUACUUGACCAGAGUGGUAAUGUAGUGCACCGAUUUGGAGGAUUUUGGCAUGAAGGAAUCUUUUGUGAUACACUGCCCAACCCACAAUGUAUCUGGAAGCCAUACCCACAGCCUAAAGACUACAUGCUGUACUAUGGCUUCUCCAGCUUUGCUAUGGAAAUGAAUGAACUGACCCCAGAGCUUGAACCUCUGCUGCCCCCAACAGACACACGCCUGCGACCGGACCAAAGGAUGUUGGAGGAAGGGAGGGUGAAUGAGGCAGACAAGAAAAAAGAUGAAGUGGAGGAGAAGCAGAGAGAACGAAGGAAACAUCUGGCUAAGAGAGGAGAGGAGCAUAUCCCUCGAUUCUUCAGGAAAUCUGUUGACGCAGCUGGUAGAGAAGUGUGGCUGACAAAUGGGACGUACUGGAAACUCAGAGAAAAUCCUGGAUUUACUAACAUUAAAAAUGUGGAAUUAUGGUAA